CAUGAGACUGCUCUUAGGUACGCUCAGACCUUCCUCUGUACUUGCCAUGGCUGGAGAAAUAAUUUAUGCUGAUUUAAACACUCCUGGAGCCAGUUCCUCUUCAAGGCCACCACAAAGAUCUCAGCACCUCAGUUCCCCUCCAUGUCCCCGGUGGCAUUGCAUUGCUGUAGGUGUCGGAUGGGUUGGGAACAUCGUCCUGACAAUAGCUGUGAUAGCUCUGGGGGUUUGGGUUUCCCAGUUGCAUGUCUCUUGUGAAGGACAGAUCAGAGGAACUCUGAAUACAUUGGAGAAUAAUGAAACUAGAAUCAUCAGUAGCACUGAAUGCUCCUGCCGAGAGGAUUUCCGGUCUCACUUGAAACCAAUUCUAUGUGAACCCCACAAUGGCAACUUGGCAGAGGACUCCGGGUGCAAACUCUGCCCCAGGGACUGGCUGCUGCAUGGGGACAAGUGCUACUGGCUGUCGAAAGAGAGUAAAAACUGGACUGGGAGCCGUGACGACUGCUCAGGGAAGAGAGCUCACAUGCUCGUGAUCCAGAACCGGGAGGAGAUGGAUUCUAUACAGAAUGUUACACAAGGUGCAAAUAAUGUCUGGAUUGGACUUAAAGUGACACCCCCAGGGGGGAAAUGGACCUGGGUGGAUGGUUCCCCAUUAGAUCCAAUGCUCUUCUCACACUCUGCUGAUGGGAACAGCUGUGGGUCUGUAAAAGGCACCCAGAUUCAGUCUGAGACGUGUGCUGCUGAGUUCAAAUGGAUCUGCCAGAAAGAAGCUGCCGUGAUAUAAACAGUUGGGCAGAGGAUCUUUAUUUGUGUAUCUGUAACAUGAAAUACUGGUGUUUAGGCUCACGGGGCGGGAUUGUGGCUUUAGACGGAGCUCUAGGCCAGGCGCAGAACAGAACCCCAGGAGGUGCUGGGACUCAGGUGCACCUCGCAGUCACAGUUCCUCCCCUCGGUCCUUCUCACUGGCUUGGGGUGUUGAGUUGUAAUUUAUAACCGUCCUAAACCUGGAAGAAAUUACUAACCUGUGAUGCUUCCCAGGGCAGUGAGGCAUCUCGCGAACAGAAGUGAAAGUAAGCCAGUAUGGGCCGGUUCGGCAUACCGGUAAGAAAGUGGUCACUGAUACGGGCCGGUAC